AUGUCGGCUUAUAACUCCUUUGCAACUGUAAAUCCUGGUGCUGGUAGACCAUCAGGAGGUAUCUCCAUUUACAUCCGGUAUGGAGGACCGAAGAUGAAAAUUGUACACAGCGAUGAGUGUAGCUUGUUGUUGAGUUGCAAUAACUUCAGUAUGGGUGCAUUCUAUUUGCAACCUAACUGUAGCAUCGAAGAAGUACUGUCUAUUGUUGGGGAUAGGAUGGCGAAGCUCGAUUUCACGAAGUUGGUCAUUGUUGGCGGUGACUUCAACUGCCGCAUAGACUCUCCGUCGACGACCAAUAGAGGGAGUAUACUAUUGGAAUUCAUGGAAAGCUUGGGUCUGCUUUGCCAAAACCGAGCAGAAGAACAAACGUACAUCUGCUUCAAUGGCGGAAGUACAAGAGAUCUCGUUUUCACCAACGGCAUCGCCAGAAACAUCAAAGUUGAAGACCUCGAGGUGAGGAAACACCUACCGAUGAAGCUCCGGAUCCCACUCAAAGGAUUCAAAUCUCCGCCACAGAUGAGAACCCUAAGCAGGAAGAUUCGUAAAAGGAAGCUCGGAGCUGUGGGGCGCGCAUCGGUCCCGAUCUCCUCUGACAGCGAUCUCAACGAGAUCGAAGCCACCAUCACCGCCAAAGUGAUGAGUUGCUGCGACAGCCGGAAACAAUGGAAGCGCACUGCUCAACGUUGGUUCAAUUCAACUUGCUACCGCUCUCGCCGAGAAGUCCUCGCACUUCUACGCGAAUCCAGAUCCGACCCUGCGGCCAGGACAAGAUACUGUCAGGCCAGAAGACAGUACCACUCAGUACCGAUCUCAAUGAAAAAGAAUUUCGAGCUUGAGGAGGAGCGCAAACUCUUGCUCGAAGUGCAGCAGCGCCCAUAUCUGUACCUGAAGAGGAGAAGGAAAGGACUGGAACCGCUGCUUCAACCGGAAGAAGUGAAAUGCCACUUCGAUAGACUGCUUUGGAACGAAGACGCCUCUGAUAGGCCCUCGGUUCUGAGUCAGCUACCGCUCACCGCCGAACAGCACAUCAUCAAUCAACUCUUCACAGAAGUGGAGAUUUCUCAUGUGCUGUGCAGCCUCCCAUCGAGGAAGAGUGCUGGACCCAGUGGUUGUUACUACGAGCAUUGGCGUCAGACGGAGAAAGUGAUCCUUCGGGAUCUGCGGAUCUUGUUCAACAAGAUUCUUGACCAAGGCAGACUGCCUUCGACCUGGCACAGGGCUCGCCUGUCUCUUCUUUUUAAGGGCGGAGUCCACGACAAUAGGUCGGAUCUCAAUCUCUAUCGGGGCAUCGCAUCCGAAGAGACUUUGAAGAAAGUUUUCUGCAAGCUUCUGAUAUCCAGGAUGGAACCACUUCUCGACGAGUCGCUCCCUUGCGAGCAGUUCGGCUUUCGCCGUGGGGUCGGGACGCUGGACGCGAUUCACUACUUCCUUUCCGAGGUCGAGAGAACCGUAUCGGCACAUGGAAAGAUUUAUGCAGUCUUCAUUGACUGCACCAAGGCUUUCGACAAAGCAUCGAGGGCGUUGAUGCUGCAGAGUUUCGCUGACGUUGGGGUCGGAGGCCAGGCUCUGAAGAUUAUCGACAGUUUUUUCGGUGAGGAUCAUCUUGAGAUCCAGUUACAGCACGAGAAGGUCCAUGUCUCGCAAAACGACGGGACUCCGCAGGGCAACCCGCUCAGUUGUCUCGCAUUCAUACUGUUGAUUCGCAACCUUGUAGAUUUCAUAAGGUCAGAACCCAAAGCUUUCGUAGCUUUAUACGCGGACGACAUUGUGAUUGCCCACCCCAACCUGAAUGGGCUUCGCUCUGUACUACCGAGGAUUUCUACCUUGCUACGUGCCCGAGGGCUGGAAAUCAAUCGAAAUAAGACCAAGGUCGUCAAAUUCGGACGCUCAGCUCGUCUGGGAAAAGACGAUCACCUGAAACUCGAGGGACAGCCCCUGGAGUUCGUGAAAACCUUCAAGUACCUGGGAGUCCGCUUCCACUACUCUGUGAGCAACUUCCAUGCUCACGUCGAAGAGCGAGUGUGUCAGGCCCUCACAGCGUCAUACGAUGACAUCAAGAAACUAAACCGCCUGUCCCUGGAUUCCGCCAUCAUUCUCUUCAAGAUGAAACUGAUGCCAGUCAUCAGCUACGGACUAACGAGAAUAUGGAAAUACUUGACCGUCAAAGAUCUCAAGAAGUUAGAACAAUGUUUCACGCUCUACAUGAAACGGGCGCUGUGUCUCAACCGCGCGGCCCGCAGCCGUUACGUCUACGUCCUGAGUGGGGCACCACUCAUGAUUGACGUGAUGAGGCAGAGAAUUCGAGGCGACCAAACCGCUGCCUUCAGUUGUAUGCUCCAAGAAUGGAGUAAAAAGGUCAACGACGCUCUGACCGAAGUCAGUCGAGAAGACAUCUUCAAGAAGCCCGAGCUGUGGGCAGGCUCUGGGCUGGAUGAUAGGCAUAAGUUUACUAGGUAUUUAGUUCACGGCUACCAUCACAGGAUCUGUACGAACAGUGAAUUUCAUGAUGCUGAUGAAAAUGUUUGUACGUGUAGAUAUUGUGGCCUGCUAUGUGGGAAAUACCACGCCACCCGGUGUCUCGCUGGAAAAGUAAGCCUACACGGAUUAAGUCGAAUGUAA